UAGUCCAAUAAGUCUUCUCUUCGCGGUAAAGAGACUGCGUCGGCUCGCACGUGGGUUUAUUUUUUAUGUACUUGGCCUGACCCUGUUGACGAUGAGUCUCUUGAUUAGGCACCAACGUUAUCAAAGUGAGAUAGUACAUUUUAUUCUGUUUGCGGUUUCUAAUAACUUAAAUAAAGUUCAAAGAUCACUAUAGUUUAUCCAGCGUUUAUCCAACAUUAUAAUAUAACGCUGAGCCCUCGUAUCGUCCAUUCCGAACGAGUCCGUCAUUCGUAAACCGUGUUCAGAGUUCAUAAAAAAAUGUCAACGCCAAGAUCAGCCAGGCUCGUGUCUCUGCUGGCGGUGUUCCUGGUCUGUUUCUUCAUUGAAGGUUCGAGGGCGUUGGAGUGCUACGACUGCAACAGCCAUAUUGACCCCUUGUGCGCCGAUGAGAUUCCACCCGAAUCGGCGAAAAAGCCUUGCAACGAGCUUCCUGGUGGUUCUGGGUACACCCUGUGUCGCAAGAUCGAACAGACGAUCGAUUUUUCAGUCAACGACCUGGAACCUGACAGACGCAUCGUAAGGAUGUGUGGUUGGGACGAAUCCAGUUACAGCAACUCGUGCUACGAGAAAAGGCCGUCGCCAGGUAUCGUACAGAAAGUUUGCGCCUGUCGCUACGACUAUUGCAACGGUGGUGGUUUUUCAUCCUGGUGAUCCUUACCCGAAAAAGCUGGUGCAAUUUUACCGCAGGUUCAAAUUCUUUGUUCGUUUCAUUUUUUCAUACACGAAUAAAGUACGCAAGUAAAGGGAGAAACUAUGACGUUGCUGAGAAUUGUCAAGUUCAAUUAAAGCGAUCUUGCUGAAUCAGGAGAGCAAGAGAGUUCUGUCGUAAAACUUUAUUUCUAAACUAAUUAGAACUAGGAGAUUUUCUUUCCCACGCAAACGUACGAGGCGAAAAUUACAUCUGUUACGAAAAUUGAAGACUGAAGACAGGCGUGAUUGUUAUGCUGCUGUCGUAUUAUCACGUUGUGUGGACUUAACCCGACUAGAUAUCAAUGAAUAUUAUUAUACGUAUAAACUGUUUCCCCAGACUCGUUGGGUCAAAUGUCAAGAUAGCGCAUGGAGAUAUACUCAUGCGAUAAAAUGUACUAUCCUGCGAUAAAAAUGAACAUUGAUGUGAACAACGUUUUGUUGGGAUGAAUGUAUGCAUGUGUGACGCAUUUCGUAAAAUCAUCAUACCCGCCAGAGCUGCAUGUGUGCAGUUAUAAUUAUCAUUUAGUUACGUAUACCAAAUUUGUAAAAAUGACAGAAAACGAUAUUUUUUUGCACUUCAA